ACCCAACAGUCAGGGACAUUGGCAAUUCCAAAAUCAAGACCAAAAGCAGGGCCUAGACUAAUAUCAGCAGCGUGCAAUCGAUCUAGAGUAAAAUCUCUCACAUGAUGUCCAUUUUGCCGCUGAUAAUGCUGGAUUCAUAAGAAACAGAGGAAAGCUCUUCGUGAUGAAUUAUUAUUAAUUAAGCAAGCAGCAAGACUACAUCGGAAUUCACCAUGUCCCUCUAUGAUGGAUUAGGGGUUGACACUUCCCCUAAGAAAGAUACUACACCUGACACCAAGAAACCAGAUGUUUCGGGAUGGUCGGCAGGAAUCCGCAUGAUGCAAUCUCAUCUCCGUAUGAAGAAGGCUUCACUCACUGAGGCCCAGCGGAAGAUCAGAGCUGCCACGUUGGCUCCUGUGAUUGACUUAAAAAAAGGAGCCAGUGGGUCUGAGGAAGGAACACAGUUGACCCCUCCCCCUCCAUCCCCACCAAGACCAUCCUUUAUACCAGUGAAGCCAAGUUCUACCAAGGCUUCUCAGCCUGCUUUCAUUGAAGCCAUGCCACUCGCCGCUGACGUUGAGAAUGAGUAUGAUCCCGCCUUCCCCAAUGAAUAUGACAAGAUAGUCAGGAAGAUGCGUGAUAAAGUGAUGCAAGAGAUGAUUCGCGUGGAGCGACAGAGGGACGGUGACAGCUACAGAGGUCGGGAUCGUGACAGGGAUCGUGACAGAGAUCGUGACCGAGACCGUGACAGAGACCGUGACAGAGAUCGUGACAGAGACCGUGACCGAGGCAGGGACAGGGAUCGAGACAGAGACAGAGAUAGAGACAGGGAUCGUAGGAGAGACAGGGACAGAGACAGGGAUCGAGAGAGAUCCCCGCCAAGGGGAUUCUCACGCAGGCCAGAUGAUGAGGAAGAAGAGGAGAGAGACAGGUUAAGGCGAAAAGGGGGCAGCGGGGCUGCCAUAGCACCACCUUCUUCGCUGAUUAACGAAGACAAGACAAAUCCAGAAGAACCUUUUACAUCACCUGCGGCCCCAACCAAGCGUCCUUAUGCUGACAUCGUAAAAGGGAAGAAAGAAGGUGCCUAUGAGCAAGACCCAGAAAGAUCUCAGACUCCUCCAUUAUCAGAGAGCUCCGAGGAAUUCAGUCGACCUCUGGGUCCCCCUCCAGCUACUACCAAGGGUGGUGGGUUCCAGGUUCCAGUUGGUAUGGGUUCCAACUCUGUAGCAGCCAAGAUUAUGGCUAAAUAUGGUUUCCAGGAGGGUAGAGGGUUAGGAAAGUCUGAACAAGGAAUCAGUACAGCAUUACAGGUGGAGAAGACAAGCAAAAGAGGAGGCAAGAUCAUCGAGAGAAAAACAGAUUCCCCACCUGUGAUGGCUCCCCCUCCUGGGCCAAACCUCCCUGUUCCAGGGCUUGCUGGUCCUGGAAUACCAGCUGUACCAUCAGCCAAACCUGACAUCAAAUCAGUCAUGAAGAACCCUACCAAAGUUGUGCUGCUCAUGAAUAUGGUGGGGCCAGGGGAAGUAGAUGAUGACCUACAACCUGAGACUGCAGAAGAGUGUGCCAAAUAUGGCGAAGUAAUCAAAGUUGUCAUAUAUGAGGAACCCAGUAGUGCUGAUGAUAGUGCCGUUCGGAUAUUUGUUGAGUUCCAGCGAAUUGAAGCAGCUAUUAAAGCUGUUGUCGACCUAAAUGGGAGAUAUUUUGGAGGAAGACAGGUCAGGGCAAGUUUCUACGAUGUUGACAAAUUCCAGCGAUUUGAGUUAAAUGCCUUGGAAUAACCAGACUACUUGCACUAAGAUUCAACUUCUGUUUGAAAUCUCUUGACAAUGGAAGACAUCUGAGCUUCUUGGUAGGCUCAACUUUUUAUAAAUAAAUUUUCACCGCUUACAAUGGCUGCUUGGCUUUCAAGUAAUCCAAACAUUAUCCUAUCAUGAGGGUUCCUCAAGUUUUAAAACAUGAACUUAUACUGAAAAUGAAAUAUGUACAUGUAAGCCUAUACCAAUUUAGUUUUUGCAUAAAAAUGUGUGAAUGUUGUGAAAAAAGUGAAGUUAGCAUUUGUGUUGGCUAGGAGAGAAGGAAAAACAAAUACGAACUGCCCCUCUUAUAGUGUAGACCAUAACUGAAAAGACUCUAUUCAUUCUGCCUCGGAGAAUACUCUGGUCAGUGUCCAUAUGUACGCUCUUGUGACCCUUCACAAGGAUUCCACACAAAAAGCUGAUUACAUUUACAUCAAAAACAAGUAGAUAAUUACAAUCAUGUUGUUUACAUAAGGACACUUUGGGAAAAUAGGUUGGUCAAGGAUCUUGCAAUUAACACACAACCCAGAAGUCAAAGUACUCCUUUCUCAUUCAUAUUUAUGAGAUCGUGAGCACAAUUUUUGAGCCAAGCCAGCCAUUAAUUGCUGUUAUCUAUAAUACACUUAGCCCUUUGUGAAGUUGUAGGGCUAUGUCACCCUAAGUCCUGCAGAACUGUUCAAAACCUUUCGGUUUUUUUAAGCAUCUGGAAUUGUAAGGAAGGAAAAAUUAUGACUGUUGCAUUGCUAUGAUUGCUACGCCCAGCAUGAGUGUCUUCGCGUGUUGCCUAGUGAUGAGGUACACAUUCUCAGCCAGUAUGCACUGUCUAUUAGGGUAGUACAUGUAUCCCAUUUUGCUGUGCAAAAGAAUAACAUGUCUGCCACCUUUACACCUGACCACUUUAUCAGUGUACAUGUACAUUGUUGUAUGUUGUUUUUUCAGGCAUGAAACCAAGUCAAUUCAAUCUUAAGAGACUUAGGCACAGUGAGAAUAGUUCAAGAGGUCUGUCAGUUUUGUUUACAACACAGUGGUUAUUUGUAAAGGUUUGGAAUGUGUCGGUAAGAUCAUAGUCCAUAAAGAGCCUUCACUGUGAAGAGAAACAAACACUGAAUAGAUCGUAGCAAGAAGCUCCAAAGUUGUAACAAGUGUAAAUGUAGUUGUGCAGUUAGGUGCUGUGGCCAUUGUUUGUGUAGAUAUGAAGGCGUAUCUGAAAACAUGGUAGGGUGCAAAAAUGGGGGUGAGA